UCAAACUUAUACUUAACCCGAUAAAGCUUUGUAAGGGUACUUUUGUGAAUCGGGAAUUGCCAUCUUUGCAUGGAAUGUCACAUGAAAUUACGUCUACAGUCCCUUUAAAGUUUUUUGAUUCUGGAUUCUACAAUAAACGAUCUAAAUGCUUUAGCACUGUCGGACGAAUGAAAAUAAGUGCACCUACUAAUGAUGAAGCUUUUGGGUUCAUGUUCUAUGUCAAACUUCAAAACAGCUCAAACCAAAAACAAAAUGGAGUCACUUUUACAUCAGACGGAAUAUCUAUCUCCGUCAUUGACGAAAAUAUGAAUUUCUACGCUUCCGGAAAAUCCAGUUUGAGUCACCUGCCACGUGGUACGUAUAAUCAGAUAAGCGUGGAUAAGCAGACUGUGGAUCGUACCAAUGAGUGGAAGUUUUACCAGACGCGGCAAUGCACUUUGAUCGAAGACGAGUGCAACUGGAUGCGGUGCCAAAUGAAUGUUGUAAGGACAGAGAUGAGGAGAAGUUUAGGCUGCUACCCUGUCUACUAUGGAAGGAACUCAACAGCAUUAAACUACUGUAGUCCUGAGAUUCAUAACUCUCUCUACACUAGUGAUAAAAUUCGCUCGAUUGGAAGUUAAGUUUUAUUCAAAUUUUUCCAUUGCUAUU